CGGCUGCCGAGUUAACCCGUGAGGGCCCGCGGCCGCCGGGCACCGCCCCCCACCCCCCUCCGCCCUCACCAGGAUCUGCAGGAGAUGGGUGCCCCAUCGGCACACUGUCCUUUGCGCACUGGACAUCAUGCCUCCCAAGAAGGAUGUACCUGUGAAGAAACCAGUGGGGCCCUCCGUCUCCAAACCUGCUGCCAAGCCAGCAGCAGGGACCCCUCUGGCCAGGGGCAAGGUUGAGCCAGUGCCAGCCAUCCCUCUGACUUCUGGGAAAACCCAAGAGCCCCCCAUCGAGCUCUCCAAAGUGGCGAUCGAGUUUAACAAGGACCAGCUGGAAGAGUUCAAGGAGGCUUUUGAGCUGUUUGACCGAGUAGGAGACGGCAAGAUCCUGUAUAGCCAGUGCGGGGACUUGAUGAGGGCCCUGGGCCAGAACCCCACCAACGCCGAGGUGCACAAGGUCCUGGGGAACCCCAAGAGUGAUGAGCUGCAGUCCCGGCGCGUGGACUUUGAGACUUUCCUGCCCAUGCUCCAGGCGGUGGCUAAGAACCGGGACCAAGGCACCUACGAAGACUACUUGGAGGGACUGCGGGUGUUUGACAAAGAAGGGAACGGCAAAAUCAUGGGGGCGGAGCUCAGACAUGUCCUCACCACUCUGGGUGAGGACGGGACCAGGACUCGUGGGAAGCGCAGGGACAAGAUGUUGGCCACAUAAGCAGAGCGAGGGAGGGCCUGUGUCCGCUAGGGCCCUGUGGGGUCCGGUAGGCUUGGCAAGGGAGAGCCACAGCCUGGGGGCAGACUCGGGCUUCCCCCCCACGGCCUACAACGGGUCUAUGGUGAAGAGGCCUGCGGAUGCCUCCCAAAGGGCAGAGGACAGGGGUGAGGUGGGGGUCUGCUUCUGUGUCACCGGGCACAAGGGAACCGGGAACCCCAGGACUCAGGGUCAGCAGGUGUGAUGCGCAGCGCUGCCUCGGCGGAUUCGCGUCCCCAGGCUGGGCCGUCUGCAGGAGUCAGGGCUUGCUGCACCUUCAGUGUCCAUCAGGUUGGGGGGGGUGGCACUGGCAGCUGGACAUGGUCAGCUAUGACGUGGCGACACACAGAGGUGAAUGGACAGUCGCACACCACGGGGUGAGCAACGGUCAGUCCUGUGGGCCCCCAGGGCCAUCCUGCCUCCUGGGGCCAGAUUCACACGAGGGGCGACGCCGCAUCCCAGGAACUGAGCUAAGUGGCGACUGAGCCGGGGCUGCUGGCUCAGGUCGGGCGCUCGGUGCGCUGCAGUGACUCAUCCCGCGGGCCUGCGGGGCCGCGCCCGGCAGACUUCCCGGCUGUGAGGGUGGAGCUGCAGCACGCUGCAGGAG